AUGUCUCCUCCUCAAGAACUCGACUGUGGUGAGAGGCUGAAGCAGAAGUCCAAAAAGAACAAAAUCGGAAGCCUCGGCCCUGGCGGCCCUGAAUUCGCAGAGAGUCCGAUCGGAAGCGGAAGCGGCUUUUCGAGUGGCUCUCGCUCCUCGGAGCCACUCGCCGUUUCGGAGCCACCACUCGCAAUCGCAAACGAGGCUUUCUCUCAAUCGGAAGUCUCGAAAUCGAAUCAAAGUCACUCAAAUAUCUCAACUUCGACUUCACGACUCUAUCAGGAGAUCACGCACAGGCCGCUCAGCCCCAAGGCCAGUGAAAGCUGGGCGCCUCAAGUUCCAUGGCUUCGAGAGGAUCUCCGAGAGGAUGGCACGCAGGCAGCUCGAGUGCCUCGACCUCGUGAGAAGCGCCGCUCAGAAGAUGGAAAUGGAUGGAGCCAGGACCGCCAGGACCGCCAGGACCAGGACUGGCCGGACUGGCAGAAGCAGACGGAAUGGAGCGGAAAACAUUCAGGACCGGAAGGAAAAGAGGAAUGGAAGCACGGUUGGCACGAAAGGUGGACUGACCAGGAAUGGCAUGACUGGCAAAGCCAGUGGCAGACAGCUCAGUCAAACUACGAGUUGGGCAGGUCUGAGACUGCGCAGUCUGGCUGGGGAAGCUAUGUCCAAGUUUCAGAUGACGGGCUUCUGAGUAUUCGCUUGGCAAGAAUGGGACUUGAUGUCCGCGCAGUACAAAAGUUUUGCGCAUGGUUUCCAACAGAGCUACAGCGAUUGAAGCAGGCGAAAGUUCGCAGGCUCUACGUCUCCAGUGACGACAUCGUCUUGGCUCAUGAUGUAGAUCUUUCUCAGAAUCACUUGGACGAUGAAGCGAUGAGGAUCUUGCUCCUGACUUUGAAGCAAGCCAGGGUUGUUAUCGGAGUUGCCAAGUUCUAUCAGAACAGACUUGGCUGCCGCAGUGCAAUACUUCUAUCGCAGUGGAUCCGAUCUGCACCUUGGGCGCUUUUCGAGCUUCACCUUUCUCACAACCAGAUCAAAACAGCCGGAGCCCUGGAACUGAUCAAAGCGGUAGCGGAGACCAAGAGUUACCCCUCUGCGCGACCGGGUAGCAAAAACUGGCCUUUGCCACUGUGGCUGCGACUGGAACGUAACGACAUCCCGGAGGCAGACAGUUUUGAACAAAAGGCUGAACUUUGUCUUCAGACUGCUCGACCGGAUACGAAAGGAAAGCUGAUUUGUUGGUUCGCACCCAGAAAUCGAUAUGGAUGCAGAAGUGACAGCUGCGGCCAUUCCACCCGCAAUCACUGCCCGGUGAUUCACAUUCCGCACCUGCGCCCAGAGACGUGGAAUGGUAAAGUGUUCCCGCCUACAGACAAUGAGAAAGUGCAGAAAGCACCUGUGGCUGCAACGGUUGCAACGUCUGACUCUGAUCCUUCGGUCAUGUCCGGCAUGCAGAUCAUUGCGCAGGCAGCUGUUGCACACGCAAAGCUUCCAGAGUCCGGUCCUCACGCAUCAGACAUCAAGGAAUCGGACGUCGUCAUGGAAAACUCGUCCGACAGCUUGCAAAGAAGCGGGCAAGAAAAGCAAAAUCGCAAAAAGCGCAAGAAAAGAGCUUGGCGCCUCAAGUACUUGCUGCCCCGUCCCGAAAGCGACAGUGACAGUUCUUCGAGUCGUGCAAGCAGCAGCACCAGCAGCGACACCUCCAGCAGCACGGAUGGCGGUCAGAUCGGAAGCUUCAAGCGGCAGCGACAGCAGGUGCAGCAGCAGUGGAAUCUCAUCAAAGGAAAAGCCUCAAAUUUCUCACCGCCCUCUGACAGCCCGCCGCUGCUGUCGGACCGUUGUGACCGGCAGAGACUGGCAGAACGAUUCGAGCCAGAACGGAAUCGGCGGGGAGAGUUGUAUUGGUUCGACGCCCCAAAAAAGUACCGAGGCUUUGCACUGGCACCGGCAUUUUUGCGCCAAGACGAGAUUGAGGCCAUUGCCGCCGCUGCCAAGCACAGCUCGGUGAAGGAGAUCAAUGACCGUAAGGGCUAUUUGGCGUUUAAGCACAGGGUUUGGCGUUUCGAGCUCCAGCUCCGCUCCCUCUACCCUGACCUUUAUGCCCGGCUGAUGGCCCUGAUGCGUAGCGCGGACGAUGCACAGUGGCAGCGGCUGGCAAAGUCAAAGAAAGUCUAUCCGGAGGUGGAAUACAUCGAGUACGACGUGGAUGAGAUGGGAGAGCCCUGCUUCAUCGAACCCCACGUUGACAACAAGUCAGCUGUGACAAUGGUAGCCAUGCUGUCGGCACCGGAUGCCUACGUCGGCGGCCGAAGCUGCUUUCGGAGGGCUGCAGGAAGUCGGGGCCACCGCGAGGUUACACUCCAAAAAGGGGACGUCGUGCUUUUCCGUGGCGAGAAGCUCGUUCACUGGAUAACGCCCGUGACAGCCGGCCGGCGAGUCAUUCUGCAGAUUGAGCUGUCGCGUGUUUGA